UGAAUCAAGAUGAAUCUGCUCGUGAGAUUCGCCGGGUUCCUUGCAAUACUGCUCGACAAAAUAAUCACUCCGAUCUUGGGAUUAUUAGAUUGGCUUCCGAAACCUAAGAUUCCCGCAAUCACGGAUGAAGUGUUGUUGUACAGCGCUUGCAGACUUUCGCGGAUGAUCAGAAAUAGAGAGCUGAGCUGCGAAUACGUCGUAACAGCAUACAUAAACAGGAUCAAAGAAGUAAAUCCGAUAAUAAAUGCGGUAUCUGAUGAAAGAUUUAUCGAGGCUUUGGAUGAAUCAAAGUCCAUCGAUUUAUUUUUGAAAAAUACUAAAAUUUCCCUUGAUAAAUUGGAAAAUCUGAAACCGUUCCUUGGGGUUCCCAUCACGUUCAAGGAGAGCUGCGGGGUCAAAGGUCUUUCUAUGAGCGCUGGAUCUUGCCCACGUAAAGAUAUUAAAGCUAGUGAAGAUUCCGAGGCUGUGAGGCGAUUGAAAUUAGCUGGAUUUAUACCACUUUUAGUCACGACUGUGCCUGAAUAUUGCGUCUCUUUGGAAACGAUUAACCUUUUAACUGGAUGCACCAGAAACCCGUACAACAUUAGAAGAACUAGUGGAGGAUCUUCAGGCGGAGAGGGUGCACUGAUUGGAUCAGGAUCUUCGGUGGUUGGUUUAGGCACAGAUUUGGCUGGAUCGAUUCGGAUUCCUUGCUUGUUCAAUGGAAUCUACGGCCAUAAAACUACCUCAAAUGCUGUACCUUACACAGGUUUCUAUCCGGAUAGUUCAGAUAAUAGAACUUACGAAUACUACUCCAUUGGUCCAAUGACCAGAUACGUGGAAGAUCUCAAACCUUUAUUGAAAAUCAUCUCCGGACCAGAAGGAUCCAAUUUGAAGUUAGAUCAAAAGGUGGAUUUGACGGAACUCAAAGUGUUAUAUUCCAACAGUGAAUAUAACCUCUUCGGAAUUCCAAAAGUGCAAAAGGAAAUUCGUGAUGGAAUCAAUGAAGCCAGAAAUUUUCUGAUCUCGAAUUACCAGAUGGAAACCGAAGAAAUUAAGAUACAAGAUUUAAAAAAAGGUUUUGAAAUAAGCGCUAUGAUGUUCAUGAGUUUGAAAGGAAUGCCCAAAUUCUUGCAGGAUCCGCAAAACCCUAAAGAAGAAGCCAAUCUUUUCGUGGAGAUUUUAAAAAAUAUUUUAGGUAGAAGUCGUUUUUCACUUUACUUGCUUAUGACCAUAGUGUUCUAUAGAUACAACGGUUUUAUGCCCAGGAAACAUCUGCCCUUUUACCAAGAGAAAUUGGAAACCUUAAAGAAAGCUUUCUUGGAGUCGUUAGGUGAUAACGGAAUUUUCGUGUAUCCAACGUUUCCAAGUUCCGCGUUUCGACAUUACCAGGUCUUCACGAGGAUGUACGGCGUUUGCUAUUCCAUGAUCUUCAACGUUAUGGGUUGUCCCAGCACUCAAAUUCCAAUUGGAUUCGACAAACAUGGAAUGCCCAUUGGCUUACAGAUCGUAGCAGGACCGAAUCAGGAUAGGCUGUGUCUUGCAGUUGCCGAAGAAUUAUCCAAACAUUUCGGUGGUUGGGUUCCACCGACUACAGUAGAAAUUUAAAAGAUAUUUAAUUAAUUUAUUUAUCUCACUUUAUAUUUG